UGCGUCUCUCCCAACCCGCGCCGCCCAGCUUAAACCCCCAUUUACUCCCCGGGGCCUCUGAAUUGUUCCAGAGGCCCCGAAACCGCAAUUCGGUCCCCGUUCUGUCCCGUCCCUCUUGGACUCCUUGGACCGACGAGGGAAUGUCUCACGACGAAGCACAGAGCCAUCCGACAGGACGGUCAUCACACAAUCCCGCAGAAUAUGGGGUAUUCUCCCAUCAUUCCUCCCCCACAGCUACUCCCACCCAUUCGCCCGCGAACUCUCCUCGUCGCCAAGAUAAUCAAAGCUCUUUGGUCUCCGCGGUAGCAAACAUGGAGCUGCACGAUCCCCGAGCCCUUUCUCCGCUGCAGAAAUGGGCCGUGAAUGCGUCCGACUCGCAAUUCAACGCUCUAUCGGGUGCCGUCGGCGGUUUUACUUCCGGUAUAGUGACAUGUCCGCUUGACGUUAUCAAGACAAAGCUACAAGCUCAGGGAGGAUUUGUACCAGUAAACAAAGGAAGAUAUGUCGGACACCACAAGGUCUAUUCAGGUCUGAUCGGUACGGCGAAAGUGAUAUGGAAAGAAGAAGGAUUGCGCGGCAUGUAUAGAGGCUUAGGACCCAUCAUUCUUGGUUAUUUACCCACCUGGGCUGUUUGGUUCACUGUUUACAAUAAGAGCAAGGUAUUCAUAGCAGAGAAGAAACUUCAGAAGAACCAAUUUAUCAUCAACUUUUGGUCUUCAAUCAUAGCUGGGGCUAGCAGUACAAUAGUGACGAAUCCAAUAUGGGUGAUCAAAACUCGGCUUAUGUCACAGUCUGCGACGGGUUACAACAGACAACUGUCCUCAUUUCCACGGUCUGGGAAUACCCCAACAUCGAGGCCAACCAUCGAUUCACCUUGGCAUUACCGCUCUACCCUUGAUGCAGCACGUAAAAUGUACUCUUCGGAGGGUGUAUUAUCAUUUUAUUCUGGGCUUACUCCGGCCCUUCUGGGUUUAACGCACGUUGCUGUUCAAUUCCCAGCGUACGAGUUUUUAAGGAAAAAAUUCACAGGCCAGGCCAUGGGUGAGAUGACUGGUGACGAUAAGCAGAGUCAUUGGCUCGGUGUACUCUCUGCUUCGAUAAUGUCGAAGAUCAUGGCUAGCUCAGCAACAUAUCCCCAUGAGGUGAUUCGCACAAGAUUACAAACACAGAGGCGUCCAACGCCCGGAAGCGAAUAUCUACAAGGGUUGGGAGUCUCUGAGUCUACACCAGGAAGUCAAAGCCAUGUACCAAACAACGCACGGAGUACCAGACCUCAACCUAAAUAUCGGGGUGUGGUUAUGACAUUUCGUACCAUUCUACGGGAGGAAGGCUGGAGGGCCUUCUACGCAGGUAUGGGGGUUAAUAUGAUGCGAGCCGUCCCAGCGGCGACGGUGACGAUGAUGACAUACGAAUUCGUGAUGAAAAAUUUGCAUCACGCGCAGGCCGAAGGUCGGCAAAAGAAAAACAUAGGCGAAACACAUAUACGCGAACCAUGAGCGAAGUUCAGACAACAGGAGCCAAUAGUUGUAUGUGUUGGAGAUGCAAUUUCUUUUGCGUCGUAUAAAUUUGUGAUACUAGAAGAGCCGGUUCCUAUUAUCGAGAGCGAAGAUAGCCAGAUGGUCAAAAAAAAUUAUCCAGCCUUCCGGGCUAGGAUAGCUUUGGGUUGGUCCAGACACACGAUACCCUUCUUUGUAGGUAUAGACACACUGGGUCACAAUUGCAAAUAGU